UGUGACUUUAGUUUCAGAGUUUUAAAAGGAGAAGUUUAAUAUAUUUUUCCACACCAGUGAAAAUUUUGCCCUUAUUUAAUGGAAACCAAACAGAAAGUUCUAAUAGUUGGCGACGUAAAUGGGAAGCUGAAAUCGUUCUUCGCGCGCAUCGAAAGCGUAAACAAAAAGACCGGUCCGUUCGAUUUGGUGCUUUGUGUCGGCGAUUUCUUUGGACCAUCGCCGGAGGUGGCCGAACUUGCAGGUUAUAAAAGCAACCAAAAGAAAGUUCCGGUCCCGAUUUACAUUCUUGGUCCGAACGACGAAGCAACGGCAAAAUUUUACGCGGACACACAGGAUGGUGAUAUUUGCGAGAACCUAAGCUAUCUAGGCAAAAGGGGAAUUUAUUGCACUUCGAAUGGUCUAAAAAUUGCGUACGUCAGUGGAGUGGAAGCGGAGGGUGGUUCCGGCAGAUCCAUUCCCGAGUGGAAGUUCACCAAGGAGGAUGUUCAAGCUGUGAGAGAUUCUUGCUUCGCAAGUAAGUCCAACAUGGGUGACUAUAGAGGCGUGGAUGUAUUGGUUACUUCACAAUGGCCUGCGGGCAUUCGAGACGAUGUGAAACAAGGUUCCAAGCAGAUUGCUUGGCUAGCCAACACAAUUAAGCCGCGAUAUCACAUUUGCGGAUUAAAUGGAGAAUAUUAUGAGCCUGCUCCUUACAGAAGCAAACCUGAUAAAAACACCCAAAUGGAGUUGGCUACACGCUUUAUUGCGCUGGCUGAUUUCGCUAAUCAAAACAAAAGAAAACAUAUCUAUGCUUUAGUUUUGACACCGGUGGAUAAGAUGCGUAUUCUUGAGCUGAUUCAAAAGACCACGGAUGAAACAGUUUCCCCUUAUGCUAACAUGAGUUUUCAAGACGAAGGACGGAACUCUGGGCGUGAAAGGCACGGAGAUCAGUAUUUCUACGACAUGAAUACCUAUGAUGACUCUCGUGGCAACAAAAGACGGAGCCAAGGGAACAAUCGCAUAAGCGGUAAUCAAGAUCCGAAGCGGCAGAGACCAAACUUUGACCAGGAGAAGUGCUGGUUUUGUCUGUCGUCCGAUUCGAUCGAAAAGCACCUUAUCAUCUCGGUGGGAGAUCACUUUUAUCUAGCAUUGGCUAAGGGACCGAUCAAUGAUACUCACAUUUUGAUAUUGCCCAUAACGCAUAUACAAAAUGCUUCGCUGUUAUCGGCCGAUCAGUGGGCUGAACUGAACAAAUUCAAAGCCGCUUUGGCUCAGUUUUUCAAAGAUCGCGAAGAACAGAUCUUUCUAUUUGAGCGCAACUACAAAUCUUCUCACCUGCAGAUCAAUGCGAUUGGGAUCGAUAACAACGUAGCUUGGAAAAUCAAACACGUACUUGAGGAUAAAUCGGAGGAACACGGCAUUGCACUGGAAACGACCGCGCAGGCAAAAUCUCCGGCAGAGCUGCCACAGAAAACGCCGUACUUCGUAGCGGAACUGCCGGAUGGUACGAUGAUGUACACCAAGCAGAUGAAACAGUUCCCGCUGCGCUUCGGUCGUGAGAUUAUUUGUGCGGAUAAUUUGCUCAACUGCGAGGAAAAGAUCGACUGGCGACAGGGCACCGAUGAUAAAGCGACCGAGGAAACGAUGGUGCAGAGUUUUCGUGAAAGCUUUAAACCGUACGAUUUUACCGUUUGACCGGACGAUGAUGCUUUAGAAGCUGACGGAGACAUUCAGUAAAGUGUAAUUCGAAAUUCACUAUAAACUGUAAAAAUGUAUA